GAGAAAUUAAAGAAAAGAAUUUUUUUUCUAAAUAAAAAUUAAAGGCAAUUUAGAACUGCGCAAUGAUAGAUCGAAGUUCCGGCAUCAAGUUCAGUUUUGCCCCAAGCUUCGUGGCGAGUGCACACGUUCGAAGCUUUGCAAGCUCACGCGCAAAGAGCUUUCAAAUGGCUGUGCCUUUCAAGUUUGACAUUUCCGUUAGUUUCAUCCUGUCUUCGUCGUCGUGAAUCUAAGAGAGGAAUAAAAAAUAAUUUCCAUUUCGUCCUAUUGUUGGGGGGGUUUUUUGGGGGCAAAUUAUUCAGCAUGCCUAGAAAAAUUGGAUUCAAUGUUGUACAUGCCACGAGUGAAGAGGAACGACACUCGUCGUUGGAAUUAAAUAUCCAUGGACCAACAGUUCGUGGAUGGCAAAGUGCGAGAAAAUGUUCUUAUCCUCAGGAACUUAUUCUUCGUCUUCAUGGACCUGCGAAACUAACAAGAAUACAAGUUUUGGUUCAUCAAUAUUUAAUUCCUCAAAAAUUGGAAAUUUGGUCCUCGAGAGAAAAUAGUUCGUCGUCGAGGGAUUUCGAUUAUUUGGGAUAUAUCACACUUUCGGAUAAUGCAUCGACAAUGUAUAAAAGUAGAGAAUUAAAAAGUGUCGCACUUCCGGAAACUGAGGCCGUCUCGCUUAAAUUUAAACUCCAUAAGCCGCAUAGUAAUUCACAUAAUAUUCACGAGCAGGUGGGACUCAUCGCUAUCAAUAUAUUGGGUGAACCAUUUGGUCAGGAAUUAAGUGGCCAAGGAGAUGCUCCAUAUAAUCCUCAUUAUACUUCGCCCUAUGACGAUUUGGCAUUCGAAAUGUACGUCGAUCGCGAAGCUGCCAAUAUUAUUCGAAAAAUGGAGGCAAAAAAGCUUCAAGCCGUUGAGGAGGAGAGAUUUGAAUAUGCAUCGAAAUUGAAGGUAGCGAUGGAAAAUUUACGAAAAGCUGGCGAAAGACUGGGAAAAUAUGAAUUGGAGAAAAAAUAUGCGAUAGCGCUUGAAGAUUAUGACAGAGCAAAGGCAAAAAAGGGACAAGCACAAAAAUAUCGUCAACAAGUUUACGAAACUCUGGAAGUCGAAGACUUACUCGAAGUCAAUGGACCACUGGAAAAAAAUAAUCUCUCGAUAGUUGAAGAGAAGGAAACAAUUCCCUUGGAACUUUAUGGGACGGGAGCAAUUUCCGGAUCGGACGAUACAAAUGCCUUGUCUAGAUUGACAAUUCCUCCAAAUCGUGAGGGAACAAUUUCACCUACCGGUCCUCCACAUUCGCAGCCAAUUUCUCCGUUACGACAAAAAAAUCAAAGUCCAGACGUCACAGAAAGUCCGCCAAAUGGUGUUUUGGAAAGACAACGAGAUUAUAAGGGUUCCCUCCAAAGGAGAAAAAUAAAGUCGGCCGGACCGGCUCUUAGAUCAAGCUAUGAGGCUUAUGAGGAAAGAACAAUUCCUGCUUUGAGACAUUCGCACACAAACGAAUUUACAAGGGAAUGUCAUACGGACGGCGGAGAAACGAAAAUUCCAUCAAAACUCAAUGAUAGAGAGAAAAAACAAGCAGCUUUACCAAUAGCCGUUUUCGGAAUGGAUAUGGUGGAAAAAUUUUAUUCGAAACAAUUUACGGACAAGGAGGAAGGACUGAUGUUACUAAAGCAAGAAUUAAAAGAUUUUGAUCUUGCAACGUCGAAAAAUUCCGCCAAUAAAACAGCGAGGGCGGCAAUUUUACUCUUGCAUCGAGCACUUAGGGACAAAGUAUUUAGUGUUUACAGUUUAGCCGCACAACUAAUCAGAAUAUUUUUCUCUGAAUUCGCCACGAAUCGAGUUUCUUCGACUGAAAUCGCUAGAAGUGUGGAUCGAUUAUUACCGGAAUUGCUGACAAAAUCGGGCGAUACAACGCCGCGAAUUCAUAAUAUGGCAGUUCAUACAAUAUUAAGUAUGGCCGAUUGUCAAUGUGUUCGUGAUUUGCAUAUUAUUCCAGUUCAUUUAACGCGAACUGUGAGUAGCAGCACUCAUCAGAGACUGGCACUCAGCAGACUCGAAAUGGUCGAACAACUUAUUCUUAAUCAUGGAAUUUCCACUGACAAACAAAGGCAUUGUGAUUGUUGCAGUGGAUUAACGUGUCGAACACUGUCCGAAUUGGGAUCAUCUGGCUUGCAUCAUCCCGCGGAAGCUGUGAGAAAAGUUUCCGAGAGAAUUUUAAUUCUCGUUUAUAAAGUUAAUCCACGAUUAGUGCGCAAGCAAUUACCGCCUGACGACGAUAUUACGAGGAGAAAUUUAUUGUAUCGGCAAUUAUUUCACGAAUUCGAUCGAAUUGAUCUUCAGAGAAAAAAAGAGAUGGAAACUAGUCAAAAAUCAAUGACAACACCGACAAGAACGAGAUCGAUGGAUAGUAACGUUGCUAGUUUAACUAAAUCACCUCCAAGGACAAGUCCUCCAGUUAGUACGGGAAGUUCCACUAGCGUUACAUCUCCCUCUGAUAAUAGUGCCGAUCACAAGGGCGACAAAAUGUGUAUUUUCUGUUUAUCGAAAGGAAAAGUUUAUUCGGAGGAAGGAUUGAAUAUUCAUUAUUGGCGAAGUUGUCCAAUGUUAACGAAAUGCGAAUCAUGUAAACAAGUCGUCGAAAUCUCUCAUCUUAAUUCACAUUUGCUGUAUGAAUGCGAUUUAAGGAACAAUUACGUCAAGUGUGAAAUAUGUAAACAGGCUGUAAAUGAAAAAUUAUUCGAGGAGCACAAAAAAGAUGAAAAAUGCACAAAGCCAAUGGAAGGUUACGGAAAGUGUCCUCUUUGCCGUGGACUGGUAAAUCAAAACAAAUGGAAGGACCACUUAAUGGGUGAUCAUCCCUGCAGUAGCAAUCCACGAUUAAGAGCGAAAUCUUGCACAAAAUCAUCUUCGAACGCACAAAAUUUAAGUGGAAAAUUAACAUCACCAACCGGAAGGGAUUACUAGCAGUAAAUGAUUUUUUUUCUAAAUUUCAAAGUUCUAGUCAAUUUUUUUUGAUAAUUUCUAUUUUGUUUUUGAUAAUCUAUAUAUAUUUGUUAUAUAUUAAUUUCUUUUAUUUUGUAAACUGUAUUUAAAAACUUUUUAUAGUAAAAGAACCCGUCCUUUUAUGUAACAAUUAGCAAUUAUUAGAAAAUAAGUACUCGAAAAAAAGUCCGUUGAAUCAAUUAAUAUUAUCAUUAAUUAUUGUUCAAUGAACGAAACUUCAAUUAUUAUAAUUCAAGAAAGAAAAUUAAAUUUUCAAAAUGUAGUUGAAGAAUUUAAAAUUUAAACGAUUUAAAAGACAUUUUUUGACUUAAAUUUAGUGAAAUUUAAUUAAUUUAGUGAAAAUUAUUCAAUUUAUUAUACUAAUGAAAUUAGUUGAGAAGUGAGAAAAUCAGAAAAUGAUUUUCCAUCGACUGUGACUUUUUAUCAAAAGAAACUUCUUUUUUUCAAAAAGAAAAAAAAAGUAUAGCUAUUCGAACAUCUAAAAAAAAGAUAUUUUUCUGGAUCCGCCCAUUUUUGCAAAAUCGCAUCCAUUAAUCUUUAAGAUAUUUGCUCGAUGGCAGCGAACAGUAACUUUUAAGGGUAUUUUACGCUCAAAUGUUAUAAAGUAAAUUAUGUAAUUUCAUACAUUCAUUGUUUGAUAGAAAAAAAAAUUGACUAUUAAAAUAUCAUUCAACUCAA